AGAGAGAGAGAGAGAGAGAUAUGAGUUCCACUCCACCCACAUCCAUCCGUGUCCAAUGUGAGGGGGAGGUGAAACAGUUGAGAGCUCACUGUGUUAUUAACUGGCAUUAUUUAGUUGCCUCGGUCUGGAGAAGAGACGAGUCCAGACUGCUCCCCAACAGAAUUCCACCCAGUUGGAGCAACAAUGAUUUCUCAUGUGAAACUCCGGAAGGAGAAGAGGUGCGUUGCCAGCUUGUAGACCAGCUGAAGGUCUUAGACUUGCAACUUGAGCAGAAGAGCCAGCAGCUGCAGGACUUGACGGACUACCUGCGUCGGCGGGGUGAGCUUGAAUGCGAGUAUGCACGCUCCCUUGAAAAACUUGCUGAAAGGUUCACUUCCAGGAUCAAGAGGAAGGAGCCCAGUAGUCACUCGGUGGCCCAGGUCUGGCUGGCUCUGCUCUCCCAGACCCGCCAAGAAAGUCGGGACCACAGUAGGCUGAGUGAGAGCUGCAGCAACUUCCUCAUCCAGCCCCUCACACACUGCCUGGAGUACACACAGCGCCUCGCAAAGAAGAGUAAAGACAUCUGUACUCAGCUACAAGAUGGACUACUCAAGGUUACAACAGAGCUUCAGACUGCAUGGAGGACAUACUUCCAGUACCACUCGGACUACGUGUGUGCAGAGGGGAAGCUGAAGGAGGCAGAGAAACAGGAAGAAAAGCAGAAGCAGAGUGCUGCUAAGAAGCUGGAGAGGUUGAUAGAAAAAAGACAAGGUAAAGUCCAAGAGAUCUACUUGAAGUGCAGCAAGGCUCGAAAUGAUUACCUCCUAAACUUGGCUGCAGCCAAUGCCUCCAUGAAUAAGUACUACUUCAAAGACAUCUCUUCUCUCAUAGAUUGUGCAGAUGUAGGGUACCACCUCUCUUUAGGUCGGGUGAUGCAAGCUUACCUGUCCAGUCGGUGGCGGACGCAGGACAACCUGAGCACGGGGCUGCAGCAGCUCCAAGGCACCGUGUCCGGGCUGGACCAGAGCCAGGACAGAGACGCCCUCCUGCAGGACCAUUAUAACACCUUCUGCAUGCCCCUUCGCUUCCCCUAUCAGCCCCAUGAUGGAGACCAGGUUUCUGAGGUGAGUGCAGAGGGUGAGAUGAGAUGCGAGCUGGAGACCAGAUUCAAACAGAUACAAACCAGACUGAAAGCUGUUACACAUGAAACGGAGGAGAAUAGUAAGAGCAUGUGGGCGGCCCAGUCUUCCCUGCUGGAGAGUAUUGGAGAUGAUGAUCUGGAGCUCGGCAGUGGGUUGUCUCGCCAGGGCAGCACCGAGAACCUGACGGUGAAGCCCAGUGUGGCCCGCCGCAGGGCCAACGGGCAGGAAAUAGAAAACCUCUACUUCACUAAAGUAAAAGAGCACCUCGUCGGGAGCUCCCUGGUCUCUAAACUGCAAGCAAAACAUGACCAUCUGAAAGUGGCAGUAGAAAAAGCAGAAGCAUCAAAUGGACAUCAGCCUAAAUGGAAUGGAAAGUCAAUGCGUGUCAGGAAGAAUCACUCAAGUCCCAAUUUGAUGCACAACCACAAACUUUUCAGUGGAGACAUGCUGUCCUUCAUACAGGCAUCAGGACAACAGAUUCCAAUUGUUGUGGAAAGUUGCAUUUGCUUUAUCAACCUUAAUGGUCUCCAACAUGAAGGGAUAUUUAGAGUGCCGGGAUCUCAGACAGAGGUCAACAACCUGAGGGAUGCAUUUGAGAGAGGAGAGGACCCCCUGGCUGAGCGGAGAUAUAACCUGGACUCUAUUGCUGGAGUGCUGAAGCUCUACUUCAGAGGUCUGGAGAAUCCCCUCUUCCCCAUCGACAGCACCGGCCAACUCCUGGAGCAUAUCCAGAUAAAGAACGAGGUGGAGAGAGCAGUUCAGCUCAAAAUGGUCAUCUCUUCCUACCCCGAGCCCGUCAUCAUCGUCAUGAGAUACCUCUUUGCAUUCCUUCACCAUGUGUCUCAAUACAGUGACGAGAACAUGAUGCAGCCUUACAACCUGGCUGUGUGUUUUGGCCCCAGCCUGGUAAGAGGGGCUCACGACGAUGACGUCGUCACCCUGCAGCCUCAGAUCAACGCCCUGGUGAAGCGCAUCAUCCUCCAGCACGAAAGCAUCUUCCCCAGCCACAGCGAAGUACAAGGGCCGGUGUAUGAGAAAUGCAUGACACUGGAACAGGAUGACUGUGAGACGAUCAUUGAAGGAGAUGUAGAAGCAGAGUACAAAGAUGAGUUGGAAGCGGGGUCCUCAGCUGACAACAGCACCAGCUCAUCUGCAGCAUCAACACGGAGAAAAGCAGAACGUCCUCGAGCCAACAGCAGUGGCUCAAAUGACCAAAGCAGGUUGCCGGCUGGACCCAUUGGAGGCGGCAUCGCUUCGAGUGGAAAGCUCCAGAUACCCAUUGGACCACAGUGCAAGCCACGGCGAGGCCACUCUCCUGGCUAUGUGUGCAGAGAAUUUCAGGAACACUCAUCUUCUGAGGAUAUUGUGGUUAAAGUAGACAAGGAGGUCUGUCGCCAGAUGGACUCUGUCUUCACGGAGCUUCUCUCACGACGGAAACUGCGGGAUCCCUCCUCCUCCACCGCCUCCUCGCCCUCUGCCCAAGCUCCCCAGAGGAAAGGCAAGCGGGAUGGACGCAGGGAAAGAGGACCAGGACUCUUCACAGCAGCAGACCCACUGGAAUGAGAGGACUGGCAUCAGCAGAUGAACCAAAAAGAGUGCUGCUUCAAAUUAAAUGGAGGUGUUCUGAUGGUAGCUUUCAACACAACGAUCUCUAGAAAACUAAAACCACUGGUCUGGCAUCUGUAUUAUUUAACCGUUUCCACUUUAACUCUAAUGUGUUUACCAACAUGAGAUGGACUUGCUUUCUUGAUCAAACUGUGAAUACUCAAUCCGUAUGGAACUUUGUAUAUAUUAUUGGUAAAACACUUAAUGAGUUGUCUGUAUAUCUAGGAUACAUGCCAAAUAAAUAUUUAGUCUAUUCUGGUAGUUUUUCUUUUAAUGUAUUUAUUUUUGGUCACACUACUGGAAAAUAUGAGAAGUUUCAUUAAAUGCAUUUAACUUUUAGCCUUUACUGAGUGUUUAAAAGUUCAAAUGUGGUGGUUUACAAUUUCAAAUAUCUUUUGAUCAUGAGUUCUAUUUUUAGGAAAAGUGAAAUGAGUUGAGGGCGUUUUAGCAUCGGCUGUAUUAUAGUAACAAAUUAAUGAAAUGAGUCAAACCACAAAUUUAAAAAAACAAAGUAAAUAAGACUGAAAGAAAAUAUAUGGCCAAGAUGUUUUGGUUAUGGACUUUUUAUGGACAUUUUGACUACCUUAGCAGAAAAUGUAAUGACAGCUCAAUGUAUCAGUAACCCUUCAAUAAAGAUCAUGCACAAUA